AUCCCUAAUCGACGCCAUUUUUAUUUUAAGCGACAGCUGGAGCCUCGUAUUGCUAUAUUUUGUCGUGUUUUAAUUUCACAUGUAAAAUAUUGUGCACAAUAAUAAUUAUUAGAUAUUUUUGAAUAACUAUAAAUACAAUAACCCCGGCUUCCUCAUGGCAGGACACCCUGAAAUAAAGCUUCUGGAUAAAAUCAGAAAAUUAUUUAUAUUUUCUAACACUGACUUAAAAAUUGUUGAACAACAAAAAUUCCUCUGCAUCAACUAACAUUCGUUUUUUUUAUUUCGUCAUCAAAAUCUUAAAACAUUUUAGGCCGAAGCCCUGCCAGAUUUAGAUGACCUACUACAAUGCCCAGUAUGCUAUGAGAUACCUGCAGGUCAAAUUUUCCAGUGUAAUGAAGGACAUCAUGUUUGUGGAAGAUGCAAAGCGCGUCUUGAUAUGUGCCCUGUGUGUAGGGCAUUAUUUUUUGGAACACGAAAUUAUGCCAUGGAAGAGCUCAUAGCGAAUGUGAGAAAACUAAGAGCUUUUAAACUAGGAGGAAAAAUCACAACAGGAACAGAUAUAACUGAUACAUCUGCACCACAAAAUGCAAUUGGCGAGAUUGUAAAUGACCAGCCUGAGGAAGAGGAAGAAAAUGAUGAUGUAUCUGAAACUUCCUCUACAGCGGCAAAAUCCUGCAAAGGCUUUUUCCGCUGUCUCUGUUGCAAGGAUAUUGUUGGUGAGAGGUUACCAGCUGCUCGUUUGCUCAAUCACUUGCGUUAUUACCACGCUCCUGAUCUGCUUGAGGGAAAAUCAGAGAAUGGAGAAUAUGUACAACUUUGGCAAUUUUCAACUGCACCUGGCAGGAUUGUGACAGCAGUUCGUGUGUCAGAUAUGGGCAUAUUUUUCCUGAUUAUUGAAAUAACAAAUGAGUCCAUCUCUGCUUGGCUGUCGAUGGCUGCCUCACCAUGGAUUGCCCAUGUUUUCUCUUAUACACUAACUAUAUCAGGAAAUGAUCGCGAGGCAAUAUUUACAGAUUGUGUGUGGUCUGUACGAUCUUGUGAGGGAUCAUUGAAAAAACGGGGUCAUUGUUUGGCAUUGGAUGGAAUCGAUGCGCAUGCGCUGACUGCUCCUGCUUCAAUUAGUGGGAAACUAUGCAUACGCAAGACCCCGGCCGAUCAAGAUGCGAACCAAUCGCAACCGAGGGCGGUUCUUCGCGUUGCAAGCCGUGGAAAUGCUCGUGAAAAUGGUCGCACAGUGUCCCACGAUAUGCAACCCUUUAUUCAAGAUUUGCAAAACGAUGUCAAUAGAAUCUCUUUAGCGUUUGCAACACUAGGUCGCGAGGCUAACGCAUUAGCAGAACGUUCUGAAGCGCAAAUGAGAGCAAGAACGGAAAAUGCCAAUCAAAAUCAGCCUUCUGCUGGCAAUGAUCGCUCGACUCCAUCAGGCAAUGAGCCACAAGCAGCUGAGGCCAAUAAUCAACCUGAUAAUGCAGCACGCGCUCCUUUAUCACGCAAUGCCCGCAGGCGUAUGCGUCAGCGUUUGAGAGCGGUUCUGAACGCACCACAGCCACCGGUUGAUAUGGGACCUUCAGCUGCUCAACGUCCUAACGGACUGGGAACUCAGCGCCAGAAUGGCCAUGCGUUGAACAAUCCUAUUCAUUUUAUAUCAGGAUUAGCUAUAGUGAAUCCGGUUACGCCGCCGCCCGUUUCCCCACCGAGCUUAGGCAACACUAACCGCACAAACAGAAGGCGCCGUCAGCGUAGAUAAAUAAUAAGCAAAAAAUAAUUAUCUUUAAGUAGCGUUGAGGAAAUUGUGUUAAAUAUUGUUAUUGACUUCUCUUUUAAGAGUUAAAUAAAUUGCCUGGGGUUUCCUACUGGAAUUCAUGUUGUAAAUGUCUUUUGACAACUGUAAUUUUUACAAGUGCUGUGAUAAUAAAAUGUGUAAAGCAUGGCGACUAUAUGCUAGUAGAACGAAACAAUUACUUAAUUGAUUACUUAAUUAUCCCCAGUAUGAGUAAACAAUUUUGAUUAUAGGUUCUUAGAAUAAUUCAUUGGUUAUAAUGUACAUUAUUUCAGUUGAUGAAAUGCAUUUUAUAUAAUAUUUUUCAUUUAAUUAUUGACAUAGGCUUUAUUUGAUUAAUGUAUAAAAUUGAUGAAUUAUACGAGUCAAUUCAUACUAGCGCAGAGUCUAAUCGUCAAAUUAAAGGUUAGCAUAGGAUCUUCCUUAUUAUCUCUUCAAUGUAAUGUAAUAAUACAUAGUAAGUACACAUAGUAGUAGUAAAAUAUUUUUCUUCUAAGAUUAUGGUUCCAAAAAUCACAUGUGUGCUACAUUGUAGAAAUAAGAUUGAAUAUAAAUAAAUACGAUGAAAUAUUAUUUACUUUUAAGUUGACGCUUGAGAUGCGCUUUGAUUCUUCUCUAGAAUGAAUUUACCGUGAUUAUUAUUAAUCAUAAAUUUUGUUGUAGACUAUCUACUUACAAAUACCAAUGUAAUUAUGUAAUAUCGCUGUUAAUGAACUUUACAAAAAUAAAUGAUAAGGGAAUA